AUGAUUUUGCAAUGUAUAAUGUCUCAAACUACACCAGAACGGAUACUUAGUAAUCCAUGGUAUGGCAAAGGAUUUUUUGAGCCAAACCAAUACAAAGUGGCUAUUGAGCGUUGUAAAAAUGGCUCUGAUUCUUGUGGUUUAUUUACCAAAUGCAUUCAACAACGAGUUAACAUUGAACGUGAUUACAUUGGUGCCUUAAAAAAGUGGUCACUCACUUGGCAAAAAGAAAUUCAACGAUGUCAAGAGUAUGGUUCAAAUAAAGCAACGUGGUUUGCAUCAGUUAUUGCCGGUGAACAACAUUCUCACACUCAUUCGGAAAUAGCUGACAAACUUGAAAAUGUUAUUGAAAAAAUAUCACAAUAUCAAAAAGACAACUACAGUAAAUCAUAUAUACAUACGAGAAAAGUGAAAGAAUUUGAAAAGGACUUUGAACAAGCACAAAAAGGUUGGCUGAAAUUAAUACGAAAACUAGAAGAUGCAAAAAAGCUGUCUGAUGAAGCGAAAGAAAAAUUAACAAAAUCUGAGCCAGCUAAUAGAGCCAUACAAAGUGAUUCGGGUGUAUCGGAUGAACAAAAACGUAAAGUAAAAGAAACAGUGGAGACAUUGAAAAAAGAAUCCGCCGCUCAAGAAUCUAAAUUCAAUCAACUAAAUGAAGACAUGAACAAUGCUCGACCGGAGUAUGAAAAAAAUAUGACAACUGUUUUAAAUCGUACACAUGAGUUUGAGAAAAAUAGAUUAGAGUUUUUUAAGCAAAUGUUCCAAGACUAUCAUGAUUCACUUUUUCGAAUCAAACCAGAAAAUCUUGAAAAAGCAUCGACAGAUUUCAAGAAAGCGUUGGAAAGUCAUAAUUCAACAAAAGAUAUAGCAUGGUGGAAUAGCACUUACGGUACUGGUAGUAGUGCGGGUCCAAAGUUUGAAGGGACAAUUAAUACGUAG